UCUCUGCCUUUGCGCCGUUACUUCGGGCCUGUUUGGGAGAAAAGAACGAGAGAACAGUUCGGAAACUCUCCGCUCGCUGCCUGUCUCCCUCGGAAACCGAACUGUUCUUUCGGUAAACCGAUACGUCGGUGGUUCAGCAUCGGUUCCGAGAGGUAGAUGAGCCGCACAUCUCUCCUUCUUUGGGCUCGGCCUCAAGGCUCCAUCCGCGAGUUUCAACAGUAACAAAUCCGGAGACCCAGUGGCACCUUCAAUAGCUCGAGUCGAGUCCAACCGGCCGGACAUUCUCCUCCCAGCCGCAACUUCCACAUACUAACACAUGGGGUGCAUGUUUUACUUACGUAUAAACUGUGCAGCGGACGAGGAUCCAGAAGUCGAUUUCACACAGAUCAGAAGGCCUGCAGCGGACGAGGAUCGAGAAGUCAAUUUCCGACAGCUCAGAAGGUAUUCUUUGCAUGAGCUACAAGUCGCAACAGAUACCUUUAGCCAUAAAAAUAUUCUAGGUAGAGGUGGAUUUGGUACGGUUUAUAAAGGACGUUUAGCUGAUGGGACUCUGGUGGCUGUAAAAAGACUCAAAGCAGAGAAAACACAAGGUGAGGAGCUACAGUUCCAAACAGAAGUUGGACUGAUUACCAUGGCUGUCCACCGCAAUCUGCUUCGUCUGCGCGGAUUUUGCAUGACACAAACAGAAAGGCUGCUUGUAUAUCCUUAUAUGGCUAAUGGAAGUGUAGCAUCAUGUUUAAGAGAUCGUACAGAAGCACAGCCUCCACUUGAUUGGGAAAAAAGAAAACGCAUCGCAUUGGGAUCUGCAAGAGGCCUUGCUUAUUUACAUGAUCACUGUGAUCCGAAAAUUAUUCACCGUGAUGUGAAAGCUGCAAACAUAUUGUUAGAUGAGGAAUUCGAAGCAGUUGUUGGAGACUUUGGAUUGGCCAAACUCAUGGAUUACAAGGAUACACACGUUACCACAGCUGUACGUGGCACAAUGGGUCAUAUAGCGCCGGAGUAUCUCUCAACUGGAAAGUCAUCAGAGAAAACUGAUGUUUUUGGAUAUGGAGUCAUGCUUCUUGAACUUGUCACUGGGAAGACGGCUUUUCAUCUUGCUCUGCUUGCAAAUAAUGAUGAUGUCUUGUUAUUUGAUUGGGUCAAAGGACUAUUGAAAGAUCGGAGAUUGGAAGCAUUUGUUGAUCCUGAUCUAAAGGGUUACUAUAUUGACGAGGAGGUGGAGCAGCUGAUCCAAGUAGCGCUACUCUGCACACAAGGCUCCCCAGGGAAACGGCUCAAGAUGUCUGAGGUUGUCCAAAUGCUUGGAGGUGAUGGUUUGGCUGAAAGAUGGGAGGCCUGGCAGAAAGAGGAGAUGUUCGACCAAGACUUCAACCCUAUUCAACAUGCAAGUACGAAUUGGAUCAUGGACUCUAGUUCUCAAAUUCCACCCGAUGUGUUGUCCGGUCCCAGGUGAUGCACUUCUUGCUUCCGUCCUCUGUAUCUAUGCAGACAAGUUUGUGUUCAGCAGAUACCGCCUUUUGAAAUUGUUUUUGAAGAAUAUAAAGUACCACAUAGGAAAUUGGAUUAAAUAAAAUAUAACAUAUAAUGAAUGAGUCUACUAUUAAUAGCAUGGAGAUCUUUUGUGAUAAAACUUCGUACCUACAAGGCUAUGUAGGUGGUUAAGUUUGAUUCAGUAUUGCUAUUUGUGGAUUGCGAGUAUGUCUUUCUGAAAUUUGACAUAUGUUUGUCUUUUCUCUUCUCUCAUUUGCUUUCUUUAUUCUUCUCUAAUACCUUGUUUAUAUCACACAAUGGAGCUGAUGCUGCUGUAAUUUUUAUAGUGUUGUUUAUGUCAUCAUUCUUAUUUGGUUCAAACAUUCCUUUUUAUAGUCUAUGAUUCAAAUUCGUAGUUUUGUAUUUUUUUU